GAUCAGACAGCCGGCAACAUGGCGGCCUAGAAGAACUUCCAGUUCGAUCGAGGAGCGAGAAAAACGACAAUUAAGAGAAGUGAGAUAUACCCCUAGUGUUUCAGCGAAUGUAGCAGGCAAAUCCACCACCGUUAUCACCGUAAAGUAUUGCAAGGACGGAAAGAUUGACAGGCUAGCAAUGUUUAGUAGGGAGGGCGGGGUUUAGUAGACAGUCCGUUGACUUCAGUUCGCUUUGCUUUCCUGAGCUAGUUUUUGAGAGCAGCUUUCCGGCUCCACCCAGCAUUACAACAGCGUGCGUUGAUUAAAUAAAGUAUUUGUAAUGUUGCCUUAGGUGGCAUUAGAAUAUGCUGAAAUAGCUGAACUGGGUACGUCUCACCCAACUCUGCUGCCAGGGUACGUAGCGAUUAGCCGGACGGUUAGCCGCAUAGCACAAGCAGCUCAACUUCCGGGACGUCUGCUCAUCUCAAAGGAAAACCUUUGACAAGCAUGGCCUCCACUUCCCCACACAAUUUCUCCUGGGUCACGCCAGGCAAGCUGGCUGGUCUGGCGCUGCCCAGGAUGACAUCUGAAUACCAAUUCCUCCUGGACAACGGUAUCAGGCACUUGGUUUGCCUGUGUGAGCGAAAACCACCAUACUAUGACUCGUGCCCAGAGUUAAAUCUGCACCACAUAAAGAUUGCGGACUUCACUCCUCCUUCACCGAGUCAGAUUGACAGAUUCCUCUCUAUCGUGGAAGAGGCCAACUCCAAGGGGGAGGGUGUGGGAGUUCACUGCAUGCACGGUCAUGGGAGAACAGGGACCAUGCUGGCCUGCUACCUGGUGAAGACGGGGAAGAUGUCCGGGAUCGACGCCAUCAACGAGAUCCGCAGACUACGCCGGGGCUCGAUCGAAACUCACGAACAAGAGAAAGCUGUAGUGCAGUUUUAUCAGCGCACAAAGUAGCACAACGUAACACUGGACACAGCAAACGUCUUAGGUUAUAAUCAUAAAAUAACUGGAAGAGGUGCCUUAAUUGUGUUGCGAAAUACUUUAUUAUCUUGGAAUGGGAAACACAAGAAUGAAUGUUUAAAUGGGUGAUGAAUGGAUGUCCAGGACAACAAUCCUGAACCCAAUACUGACAUAAACUACAGUAUUCCUGUGGAACACUUGACUAAGGUGGACAUUUCUACAGUAAAUACAUAGAUGCACUGGCUUCUUACAUGGUACUGUGUACGGUCAUUUUGCUAGCACAUCAUUUCUUUUCUUUAUAUAGAUUACAGACGUUUUCCUCCUCUGAGGUUUCUGAUUACAAGGCUUUAACCUUUGUUCAUGCACUGGACGCCAGGGAAAAGAGACGCUGACGCUCCUUGAAUGUGAGCUUUUCAGGCGCCGACGCUCUCUUGAUUUUCUCCUCCUGGUUUCUGUAAAUAUACGAUGAUUUUAACGAUAAUGUUCAAAUUGUAUUGAUGUGGAAAUACUUACAAAGUAAGUAGUAGUUAAAAUAGACGUAUAGAGUAUUUAUUUUAAACACUUUUAAACUAGUUUAGGAAGAAUUGGAUUGAUGUCUCACUGUUUUAAGAAGUACAGUGACACUAAAUGAAGAAGCUUGUGGUAGUAUAGUUCUGACAUUUCGGCGUCAUUCAGCCAUCAUGAGUGAGAAUGCUACAUAAACAGCUGCUUGUUAAUCUUGAUUCCCUUUUGUUCAACAGCCAGAAGGUUAAACUCACGUUUUCAAAGCUCCGUUGUCUUGACUCCUUCCACUCGAUCUCUGAUCUGCCAAAAACAUGAAACUGUUGUAAUGUGCAAUAAAAUAAGAUGUCUGAUGAGUAGAUCCUCUUGAAUAAAUGAAACUGAUAAUGAACUUCUAAUACUUGCAGUUACCUGUCUUUGCUUCGUCUUCCUUCUGGGAGAGAUGAGUUCCAGCCUGCUUGUCUGGCUCCUUCAGUUCAGUCUUGAUGUUCCCAGCAGAGCUUCUCUUCUAAAGUUUGGAAAAAAUCAAUUAUUAGAGCUGCUGUAUCGUCAGCAUCAUGUCCAGAUCUUCAUCUUCCUCCUCAUCGUCAUCCUCUCCUCUCUGCUGAAUCUCCUGCAGCCUCCUCUGAAACUGCCACUCCAGGCUGAGCUUGCGCAGCCGGUCGCUCUCCUCCACCGUGCGCUUCGCUUUGGCCUGGAGCUCCUGCACCUCCUGCUCCAGGAGCUCCACUACAUGAAGCCUCUGCUGUUUCUCCAGCUUCUCCUGGGCCUCCCUCCUCCACGGAUCACCCAGCUCCUGAGGGUCUUUUUGCUUUGAGGGAACUGAGCCCUGCCUUUGUUGAGUUGGAGGUUCUUGGAAGGAGACAUGUUUUGUUGGGGUGGUGCUUACUUGGGAUUUUGUUGCCUGGUCCCUGUGUGUGGUGGAUCUUUGCUGCUGUGAUGGAAGUGGGGGCUGAGGCAGCUUCUUGGUUGCAGGAAGGGGGCAUGCGUAAAUAUGAUUAGCUUGGUUCUGAGGACUCUCUUUAGUUCCAUUUACUUUACUUUUCUUCACUACAAGCAAAGAUGAACUGUGGAAGGUGGUGAGUGGAGGAUUUGUGUGUGUGUUCACCGCUCUGGUUACAGGGAUGUCGAUGCGUAUUGGCUGGAUCGAAGGUGUAGGUGCUGGGUGUUGUGAAAAAGGAGUUCUCCACAUGCCGGCGCCACUUGUAUGGCUGCUCUGCUGUCGCUUUGUAAGAGGACAGUUUUCUGAGAGGAUGUCAUGAGUAGAAACACUUGAGCGAAUCGGGAAGGAUGAAUAGUGGCUCAUGGUUUGCUUUGCAUGCUGGUCCCUCUGCUCCCAAAAAUUCUGCCGUUUGUCCAGCAGGGGGCCUCCACUGUCCAUGCACAAGUUCUCCUGUGACAGAGCUUGGCGCUAGAAGGGAAAAUACAGGUUUUUGUGGCUUUUGCCCACUUGUAUUCAUCUUUUUAUGUACAGUCAGAACAGGAUGAAGUACACACAUCUACACAAAUAAAAUACCAGCACAACAAUGCAAACGUAAAAGUCUGGUACUUCAAAUCUUACUAAAACUAAAUAUUAUCAGCAACAUGUACUUAAAGUAUCAAAAGUAAAAGUAAUAUUACUACAGUUUAGUAGUUUGAUCUGGUGGUUCCAAGCCGAGGGUUCAGGCCCCUCCAAAAGGUCACGAGAUAAAUCUGAGGGGCUUUUGGUGCCAGAGGGACAUUAAGACUCUGUAGCAUGUUGUAAAGACUUACCAUUAAGGUCUUCUUACUGGAACUCUGUCCGUCUAAAGGCCUCAAAGACACCUUGAAUGUUUGCUGUGGUCGACUGAAUUCACACAGGUUCUUGUCUUGGGAUUUAGGGGUAGGAAGAGUCAAGUAUUCCCUGUGAAAUGUCUGAAUAAAGACACGAAAAGUAAACAAAAAAGGUAAUUUUGUGACAUAAAUUCAGUUAAAAACUGUUUAUUCUUAUAACGAUGCAGCAUUUCCUUCCCUUUUUUGUAUUUGUCUGACACUGUUCUUCACAGUAGCUGGACAUUUUACAGAUGUUACAAGGAAUUAGACGAAGGAAUCUAUAAAAAUCUCACAUCAGCACAGAGGUUGAUACUAGAGACAGCGGUCAUGUUGUUCCCUCUCAGAACAGGGUCAGCAGGUUCAGCUCCAUCCUCGGGCCCAAAAUCUGCUGAAAUACAGAGAAAAUACAUGGAGUUAUUCUUAGGACAGGCCCUAAAGCACUAAACAUAUUUCACAUUAAGGCAUUACUGUAAGUGCCCAGCAGCGGUAAGUGAAGUGCACCCACUGGUCAUGUUGGGGUUGGAGCGAUAAAGUUGCCUGUUUCUCUGCAUUAACUGCUCUUUCUUCCUUUUGCUGCUUCCAUGGAAAUGUUCCGAGGGGCCCGGAUCCACGACACCGUACAGCGUGAGCGCUUUACCGUCUGUAUCAGCACAACUUUCAUCGCCUUGUGAAGCAAGAAGAGGCAAUGAGGCCCUGAAGAGCAGGACGGGAAAAAACAACAUGGUUUAACUUGUGUAUUUAUUUACCUUUAAUCCGCUCUAAGGUCGGCUCGCUCAGCAGAGCCCCCAGGCCAUGGUAGCUCGCUCCAAACUUUGCAACCUGCAAGGUCACAACAGGGCCGGUUUGCAUCAUGAUAGCUGCUGCCCUAAAUCGAUAGAAGAUUAAUAAGGUCAAUUUAUUUUUCAUUUUUUCAUUUGAUUUCCUUAUCAAACUUUUAAGCAAACACAACAGUGUAAAGACUGUAUGGCCUUUGUUUAAUACUUUUAAUUAGAUUAUCUGGGUCUUGAUCUGAGAGUAAUGCUCUUUACACGUAAUGCUCUUUGCUGGACGUGUACGUCCAGCCAAACUGCCUUUAUUUCAUGACUUUAUCUGGAACUUAAUA